AUGGAUCACAACUCUGAGUUCGUCUGUUCGGAUUGCAAUAAGGGAUUCAACUUCAAAUCAAGCUUGGUCAGACACAUGAAGGAGCACAACCCUGAGCGGUCUGAGUACGUCUGUUCAAAAUGCGGCAAAGCCUUCAAACGAAAUUACGUCUUGCGUAUACACUCACGCAUCCACACAACCGCCGAGAGAAAUGAGUUGGAAAAGAAGCUAAAGCAAAAUCUGAGUUCUUAUGAAAUCGAGACAUUAAUCUGUGAGACUUGCGGCAAAAGAUUCAAGUGCAAAUCACUUUUGGAAAGGCACAAGGAGGUCCAUAGCCUUGAGUUGCCGUUCAAAUGUUUGGUGUGCAAUAAGGGAUUUAAGCGCAGGGGCACCCUAAAGCGGCACUUAGUCAGUCACUCAGGUGAGAAGAAGCACGUCUGUCCUGAAUGUGGCAAGGCCUUCACCCAAAAAGGAAGCAUGGACCGACAUGCACGCAAUGGGCACCCGUCACAUCCAAAGAAAUAA